CACACACAGCUCUGCUGCAUACACAUAACUUCAGCUCAUCCAGCAGCGAUCACAACCAGCACAGCAGAGUCCUGCAUACACUGAGCAGAUGAGCCUAGAGCAGCAGCCCCUGAUCAUGUGACUCCUCCUCCUCCAUGUGACUGAUCACAUGACUGUGACAUCAUGGCAGGUGGUGUAAGCACAGGGUAAGUACACGGCUCUGUACAGUCUGCAGGUGGAGGUAUGUGUGUGGUCAUCAGGAGGGGUGGGGGAGGGGACAGCACCAUUAACCCCUUUACGACCUGCUCUUUAUUUCCCCAUUGACCAUCACAUGACCCGUAACUCUUUCAUGUCUUUUAUCUUCUUUCUGGGACUUGUUGUACUUGUUAUCGUCUCCUUUUCUUCCCUUCAGGUUUCUCCAACCCCGGAUCCUCUGCUGAUAUCUUCUAUAUAAGAGAAGUUUCCUGAUCAACCAUGGAGAGAGACAGGAACAAGAUGGCCGACAGGAUAAUAGACCUCACCCUAGAGAUACUCUUCCGGAUUACUGGAGAGGAUUACACAGUAAUGAAGAAGUCCUCUAGUGGGCGCUGUCGGGCCCCUGUGUGUGAAGGACGGGGAAGAACCCUGAGCCCAAUCCCGGGGCCCCCACCUCACUCCCUGAUACAUGAGGAAAUGGAUGAACAGAAGAUCCUAGAACUGAUCAACAAGAUGAUGGAGCUGCUGACUGGAGAGGUUCCUAUAAGGUGUCAGGACGUGGCGGUCUAUUUCUCCAUGGAGGAGUGGGAGUAUGUAGAAGGACACAAGGAUCAGUACAAGGAUCAGGUGAUGAUGGAGGAUCAGCAGCCCCUCACAUCAGCAGUCAGAUCCAGUAAGAGAACAGCAGCAGAGAGGUGUCCCCGUCCUCUUCUUCCACAGGAUCAGGAUCAGCUUAUAAAUCGGGGUAAAGAUCUGAACUAUAUUAUUGCUCCAGAGACAGAUGUGAGCGGUGAUGAGCAGUAUAAGGAGGACAUUUCUACAGGGAAAGAUCUGAUCUAUAUUAAUACUUCAGACAUAAGGAAAGAAGUCAAGACAGAUGUGAGGAGUGAUGAGCAGUAUAAGGAGAAUAUUCCUACAGGGAAAGAUUUGAUCUAUAUUAAUGCUACAGAAAUAAGGGAAGAAGAAAAAGAGACAAAUGUGAGCGGAGAUCAGCAGUAUAAGGAGGACAUUUCUACAAAGAAAAAUCUAAACUAUAAUAAUGAUACAGGCAUAAGGGAAGAAGAAGAAAGAGAGACAGAUGUGAGUGGUGAUAAGCAGUAUAUGGAGGACAUUCCUACAGGAAAAGAUCUGAUCUUUAUUAAUGCUAUAAACAUAAAAGAAGAAGAAGAAGAGACAGAUGUGAGGGGUGAGGAGCAGUAUAUAGAGGAUGUUCCUACAGAAAAAGAUAUGAUCUGUAUUAAUGCUACAGACAUAAGGGUAAAAGAAGAAGAAGAGACUGAUGUUAGGGUUGAAGAGCAGUAUAUGGAGGACAUUACUACAGGGAAAGAUCUGAACUAUAUUGAUGCUACAGGCAUAAAGGUAGAAGAAGAAGAGACAGAUGUGAGGGGUGAUGGGCAGUAUAUGGAGAACAUUCCUACGGGUAAAGAUCUGAACUAUAUUAAUGCUACAGGCAUAAGGGUAAAAGAGGAAGAGACAGAUGUGAGCAGUGAUGAGCAGUAUAAGAAGGACAUUCCUACAGAGCAAGAUCUGAACUAUAUUAAUGCUAUAGACAUAAUAGUAAAAGAAGAGGAGACAGAUGUGAGCGGUGAUGAGCAGGAUAUUGAGGACAUUCCUACAAGUAGCCACCCAGAUUAUCAUAUCACAGAAGAUAAAUAUGAAGAGCAUUUCAUUAGCCCAGAUACACCCUCAGUCCUUUACAGCCAAGAUCUUUCAUGUGAUUCUUUUAUACCAGGCCCAUCUUCUGAUUUACCACAGACUGUAAAGCAAAAUAAAGGUCGCAGAAGAUUUGUUGGACAUAAAAAAACUCAUACAGGGGAGAAGCCGUAUUCAUGUGCAGAAUGUGGGAAAUGUUUUACUGUAAAAUCAAAGCUGGUCACGCAUCAGCGACUUCACACAGGGGAGAAGCCAUUUUCAUGUUCAGAAUGUGGGAAAUGUUUUACUUGGAAAUCGGAAUAUACUUUACAUCGGAGAACUCACACUGGUGAGAAACCAUUCUCGUGCCCAGAAUGUGGGAAGGGUUUCGCUAGGAAUUUAAGUCUUGUUGAACAUCGAAGAACCCACACUGGGGAGAAGCCAUUUUCAUGUUCAGAAUGUGGGAAAAGGUUUAUUUUUAAAACAAAUCUUACUAUACAUCAAAGAACACACACAGGGGAGAAGCCAUACCCAUGCCCAGAAUGUGGGAAACGUUUUACUCAGAAAAUACAUAUGGUUGAUCAUCAAAGAACUCACACAGGAGAGAAGCCAUUUGUAUGCCCAGAAUGUGGUAAAUGUUUCUCAAUAAAACGAAGUCUUGUUGAUCAUCAGAAAUUCCACACAGGAGAAAAGCCAUUUAUAUGCUCAGAAUGUGGGAAAUGUUUUGUUUUGAGAUCGAAGCUCAUUAAACAUCAAAGAAUUCACACAGGGGAGAAGCCAUAUUUAUGUUCUGAAUGUGGGAAAUGUUUUAUUCAGAAAAGUCAACUUGUUAAACAUCAAAGAAUUCACACUGGGGAGAAGCCAUUUUCAUGUUCAGAAUGUGGAAAAGGUUUUAUUCUGAAUUCAGAUCUUGUUAACCAUCUCAGAACUCACACAGGGGAAAAGCCAUUUCCCUGCUUGGAAUGUGGGAAAUGUUUUAUUAUGAAUUCCCAUCUUGUUAAACAUCAAAGAACUCACACAGGGGAGAAGCCUAUACAGUGCACAGAAUGUGGGAAAUGUUUUACUUCCAAAUCACAUCUUGUUCAACAUCUGAGAAUUCACACAGGAGAGAAGCCAUUUCCAUGCCUAGAAUGUGGGAAAUCUUUUACUUCAAAAUCACAACUUAUACAACAUCAAAUAACUCACACAGGGGUGAGAUCAUUCCCAUGUCCAUAUUGCGAGAAAUCAUUUACUCGAAAAUCGAUACUUCUUCAACAUGAGAAAAUUCACACAGGGGAGAAGCCAUUUACGUGCCAAGAAUGUGGGAAAUCUUAUACUCGUAAAUCACUACUCGUUGAACAUCAGAGGAGUCACACAGGGGAGAGGCCAUUUAAAUGUUCAGAAUGUGGUAAAGCUUAUACCUUAAAGAAAACUCUUAUCGAACAUCAAAGAACUCACACAGGGGAGAUGCCAUUUUCGUGUCCAGAAUGUGGAAAAUGUUUCCUAAGAAAAGGACAUCUUGUUAAACAUCAGAAAAGUCACACAGAGGAGAAAUGUAACAUUAUCACAAGCCAAACUACUGCAUCUGUUUUGUUGUUAGUCAUGGACCCCAUGAAAGCUCUGGUUGGUCAGAUGCAGAACCUAACUCAGUUGGUCCAGGAUUUAGCUGAGCAAGAGUUGUCUAAAUCUCAGUCUAGAAUUAACCAGGACUUGAUUGAGAGGCUUGAAUACCAGGAGCAGAUGAUUCAGAGGUUGUUGUCCAGAAUCCUGGAGCUUGAGUCAUCACGCAUUACUGUUCCUACUUGUCCCUACUUCAGCUCCUUUGAAACCUCAGAAUCCCAGAAAACCAUCCCAACGUUAAACACGCAGCCGCAGCAAGUUACACACAUCUAUUGGAGGACCUACAGUAUAGACGGUUUUAUUUAUGCAAUUUUUACAAGAAAACAAAACAAUAAACUAGGAGCCCCACAGGAGCGACCAGAAUGCAAAAACAAGGGACUGGUACAGAUUUCUACAACACCGCAUCCUCUGUUAACUUUUCUAAUUGCCCGAUUGAGAAUGGAGAAAGACAGGAACAAGAUGGCCGACAGGAUAAUAAACCUCACCCUACAGAUACUCUUCCGGCUUACUGGAGAGGAUUACACAGUAGCGAAGAAGUCCUCUAGUGGGCGCUGUCGGGCCCCUGUGUGUGAAGGACGGGGAAGAACCCUGAGCCCAAUCCCAGGGCCCCCACCUCACUCCCUGAUACAUGAGGAAAUGGAUGAACAGAAGAUCCUAGAACUGAUCAACAAGAUGAUGGAGCUGCUGACUGGAGAGGUUCCUAUAAGGUGUCAGGACGUGGCGGUCUAUUUCUCCAUGGAGGAGUGGGAGUAUGUAGAAGGACACAAGGAUCAGUACAAGGAUCAGGUGAUGAUGAAGGAUCAGCAGCCCCUCACAUCAGCAGUCAGAUCCAGUAAGAGAACAGCAGCAGAGAGGUGUCCCCGUCCUCUUCUUCCACAGGAUCAGGAUCAGAUUAUGAAUCGGGGUAAAGAUGCGAACAAUAUUAAUGCUACAGACGUAGAGGUAAUAGAAGAAGAAAAGGAGGUGAGGGGUGAUGAGCCUUACAUGGAGGACAUUCCCACAGGGAAAGAUCUGAUCUAUAUUGAUACUCCAGUAAUAAUGGUUAAAGAAGAAGAAGACGCCGAUGACACAGAUAUUAGGGUUGUUAAGCAGUAUGAGGAGGACAUUCCUACAGAGAAAGAUUUGAACUAUAUUAAUGUUAUAGACGUAAAAGAAGAAGAGGAGACUGUGAGCGGUGAGGAGCAGUAUAUGGAGGACAUUCCCACAUUGAAAGAUCUGCUCUAUAUCAAUGCUAUUGAAAUAAAGGUUAAAGAAGAAGAGGCAGAUGUGAGCGGUGAUGAACAGUAUAUGGAGGACAUUCCUACAGGUAUAUAUCCAGAUGACUGUACAGGGAGAUCAGAGGGACAUCUGAUAUCUUCAUAUUAUAAAGCAGAUGAUGAUAUCACACAAGAUACAUAUGAAGAACAUUCCAUUAUCCCAGAUACACCCUCAGCCCUUCACAGCCAAGAUCUGUCAUCUGAUCCUUAUAUAACAGUCCUUUCUUCUGAUCCGUUACAAACUGUUAGGCUAAAUAAAAGUUGCAGAAGGGGUAUUGGGCAAAAAAGAGCUCACAGACAGAAGCCAUUUUCAUGUUCAGAAUGUGGGAAAUGUUUUACUUGGAAAUCGGAUCUAAUUACACAUGUGAGAGUUCACACAGGGGAGAAACCGUUUUCAUGCCCAGAAUGUGGAAGGAGUUUCGCAAGACAUUUAAGUCUCGUUGAACAUCAAAGAAUUCACACGGGGGAGAAGCCAUAUUCAUGCUCAGAAUGUGGAAAAAGGUUUAUUCUGAAAACAAACCUUUCUAUACAUCAAAGAACUCAUACAGGCGAGAAGCCAUAUCCUUGCCCAGAAUGUGGGAAAUGUUUUACUCAGAAAAUACAUAUGGUUGAUCAUCAAAGAACUCACACAGGGGAGAAACCAUUUCCAUGCCCAGAAUGUGGGAAGUGUUUCUCAAGAAAACCAAGUCUUGUUGAACAUCGGAAAUAUCACACUGGAGAAAAGCCAUUUAUGUGCUCUGAAUGUGGAAAAUGUUUUAUUUUGAAAUCACAACUUAUUAAACAUCAAAGAAUGCAUACGGGGGAGAAGCCAUAUCCAUGUUUAGAAUGUGGGAAAUGUUUUAUUCUGAAAUCACUUCUCAUUAAACAUGAAAGCAGUCACACAGGAGAUAAGCCAUAUCCAUGUUCAGAUUGUGGAAAAUGUUUUAUUCUGAAAUCCCAUCUUGUUAAACAUCAAAGAACCCACACAGGGGAGAAAACAUUAGAAUGCACAGAAUGCGGAAAAUGUUUUACUUCAAAAUCCUCUCUCGUUCAACAUCUGAGAAUUCACACAGGGGAGAAGCCAUUUUCCUGCCAAGAAUGUGGGAAAUCAUUUACUUCAAAAUCACAACUUAUGCAACAUCAAAAAACUCACACAGGGAAGAGACCGUUUCCAUGUCCAGAAUGUGACAAAUCUUUUACUCGUAAAUCAAUACUUAAUCAGCAUGAGAAAAUCCACACUGGGGAGAAGCCAUUUUUGUGCCAAGAAUGUGGGAGAUCUUUUUCUCGUAAAUCCCUACUUGUCGAACAUCAGAGAAUUCACACAGGGGAGAGGCCAUUUAAAUGUUUAGAAUGUGGUAAAGCUUAUACCUUGAAAAAAACUCUUAUUGAACAUCAAAUACUUCACACAGGGGAGAUGCCAUUUUCCUGUCCAGAGUGUGGGAAAUGUUUCUUAAGGAAAAAACGUCUUGCGGAACAUCAGAAAACUCACACAGGGGAGAAGCAAACAUGAAACAUCUUAUUAAACUGAGGAAAAAUAUCUUAAUAUCUAGGAGAAUUGUGGCAAAAAUAAACCUAUCCUCUAUCGGAUAUCAGCUGCUGAUCACGGGGGGUCCGAGCACUGGGACCUGGUGCUCAGUGAGGAGCGAUCCAUUCAUUUCUAUGGCAGCGCCGAAAAGACCCAAGUACAGUACUCCUGCAUCAUUGGCACUCUCGUAGAAAUGAAAGGAGAGUAUGGCGUCUUGCAGUAGACAACAUGCGCUCCUCAUUAAGAGAGCCAGGGUCCAGUCCUGGAGAUCGCAGGGGGUCCCAGCGGUCGGUCCCCCGCGAUUGGCUACUUAUCCCCUAUCCUUUUGCCGUAGUUCUCCUUUAAUGACCAAAAUGUAGAAAAGAUUUUACCCACAAAUAUUAUUAUUAUUUAGAAAUAGUACUCGAAGAAAAUGCAACCAUUAUAGUCAAAGUCACAUGUAAGAGGAAUGGAGAACAAUUUAGGGCACUAUAUUACGAUUGUAAAAUGUAUAAAAUUACUAAUAAAUGUCUAACCAUAGAUCCCACAUGUGGUGUGAUUACAUUUAGGACUUUUUUUUUAAUGUUUUAUAGGGAAAGCUAGGCAAGACCA